CGCGUCUGUUGCUACGGUUCAUCGUCCAGUCUGACGCCGGAACGGUACCGGACGGAAGCCCGGUCCCUGGGAUACAUUCUCGCUCGUCGUGGGCACACUUGCGUCAAUGGGGCAGGUUCCUUUGGUUGCAUGGCCGCCAUGAACGAAGGAGCCGCCAUCGGUAAUGGACACAUCGUUGGAGUCAUCCAUGAAAUGGUAGCCCAUCCGGUCUUUGAACGCUCCGACCACCGCGACGGCCCGACACGCGAAAUGCUCGUGGCGGGUGGUGACGAUUUGCAGGAACGUAAAAAACUACUCGUCCAAGGCGCCGACGCCCUGGUGGUCCUUCCCGGCGGCCCGGGAACCUGGGACGAACUCUGGGAAAUGGCCUGUGGACGCAACAUUGGACUCCACGCACUCCCGAUUGUUUGCGUCAACGUCGACGGUUACUACGAACCCUUCCAGGCCAUGCUGCAACGCGCCUACGACGAUCAAUUAACCAAAUUGCCCCCGCACGAGAUUGUGCAUUUCGAAGACUCGGCGGAAGCCGCCGUGCGGUGGGUGGAA